AUGUCAGUUAAGUUAGUAUCGGAAGCAGAUAAUUUUAAGUUUAAAGCACGCUACCAACGAGCCCUCAAACAGUUCUCAGUCAGACUUCCACUGAAAUACUUCGAAACAAUGAAGAAAUCCUUGCACGAAAAGUUUAAGAACAAAAUUAAUUUCGUGAGGCCCCUCUAUAGAAGGCAGCUCGAACAAGUUUCCAAUAAAAUUAUUACUUUGGAUAAUGACAGAGCGUUGAAACUACGUGGCGACGAUUUUGACGUAAAAACUGUUUUGUCAGGAGCGAAUAUCAUUAACGUUAAAAGUAAAGUUUGUAAAGAAUAUAAAGUGACGCUGCCGGGUGCUUGUGUUAGUGGCAAUAACGCGAUUAAAGAUAGACAUAUAACAAAUGUGUUACAUGGGGUACAUACAACCAAAGAAAGACUUAGUAUAGAUAACAGUGCAGUUAAUAAAAAUAGAUCUAUGGAAGGAAAUAAUAUUGAAGAGUUCGGAACUAAAAUCGUCCUACAUAAGGCACCAGAUACUUGGUUGCGGGUGUACCCUGCACCUAAAUUAAUGGAUGAAACCACGAGUUCUCUUGUCGUACGCUGCAUGGCAUGCCAACUCGGGCUAACUUCGUUUCUAAUUCUCUGGACUUUAAUUGGAGUAUUUGUUAUACAAUCUUUCGAAGGCCCUCACGAAAGUAAAAUGUCUACAGAUUUUGAAAGGGAACAGAAUCAACUAGUCAUAGAUCUCGCUACUGAAUUAAGACAGAUCACACCGCUCUCCCCGAAAUGGAAAUAUGCCAUUGAAAGACGCAUUGAAGACGCAAGGCAAUUAACAAUAGCAGCUGUUGGCCAGGGCGCCAAACUGAAACCAGGCCAAUUUUGGAAUUUGUCUGGAACAUUCCUAUUUGCUGUGUAUGUCAUGACGGCGCUUGGUUUUGGCGCGCCAGUUCCCCACACGGUCUGGGGUCGAACAUGUGCCUUAAUUUAUGCGAUAUUAGCUGUUCCCACACACAUUUAUUUAAUGGUAAACGCUACUACGUGUAUGGUGGCUAAAGUCGAGGCAUAUACACAAUAUCUUAGAUCGAAAUGGAAAGGAACACCCGUAAACCUUCAUAAAUCAGAGCAUUUGAAUAAGGAAAGUCCUAACUGCAGUAGACAUUCCGAAGCAUCUAAGCCAGAGAACAGAAAGAUUCGUAAGCUUGUAACUACCUGUCUUGGAAGAUUUUACGUUGGUCACGGUGUACCCUUGAUUAUACUCCUGUAUUAUUUAAUUGGAGCGGUCGCUUUUGGUAUUGCAAGGGAUAAAGAUGCGAUGGAAUCUUUAUUGUUUCCCCUGCAGUUUACGACUACUGGCGGAUUGGAGCAGAUAGAAGGCUACGUUCGUUUUUUAUAUGGCCUCUACAUAGAGGGCGCUAUGUGUCUCUUGGCAUAUACUCUUGCCACUAUUCGACACUAUGGGAGCAGAAAUAUCGCAGAAAUAGCAAACAACUACCGUCUACUUGUAACUGAUAAAUGUGACCUAUGUGAUAACGCUACUGUACAUAACUAA